UCGGCUUGGUAGCAUGGACAACCACAGCACUAUCGUUCUGCUCUCCCUGAUCAUGCUGGUCGGCUGGUCGGUGGCAGGCACCGUCCCUUUGGGCACAAGAUUUCCCGAGGCUCGUUUGAAGAGAGCGUUGGGAGACCUGGAAGGGUCUGCUAUUGGAGACAUUGAGGAAAACGAAGAGUCUUGCCAACUUGAGCCCGAUGCUGGUCCGUGCUUCCGAAUUUCUCAUCGGUUCUUCUAUAACCAAACCUCGAUGGCCUGUGAACAAUUUAAUUAUAGUGGUUGUCUUGGAAACAAGAAUAACUUUAUAACGGAACGGGACUGUUUACAGACCUGCCGAACUGAAGCUGCUUGCAGGUUGCCCAUAGAAACUGGCUCUUGCAGAAAGAGCUCUGAUCUCUGGGCGUUUGACUCCAACAUUGGCAGGUGCAUCCGUUUCACGUACAGUGGGUGUGAAGGAAACGGGAACAAGUUCUACACGGAGAAGGAGUGUGUGGAGUACUGCGACCCCAUCCCAGAAGGGGAUGAUGAACCUCGGGCUGUUACAGCGCAGGCGUAGAUGGAAAUAAAAGUUUAAGGGCAACACAAGAAGUAAUUAUU